CUGGUCACGAGUUUAUUUUUGGUCCUGUUCCCUUAGAGAUGCUGGAGACACCCUUAGCAACCUGGGUAAACAAGCUGUCACCUAGCAACAGAGGACUUGCAGCCAGGCCCCGCCCCAGGACCCGUGAUUGGUUCAUAUUCAUUGUACCAGACAAGGCCGCGCCCAGGGCAUCCUGUAUUUACAUAUCACCAGGGCAACGAUAGGGCGUGGGAUGCCUGUGCCUGCUCUGUGGGAGGGAGGCCGAUGGGGGACGCAGGGCACGUCGCUGUCAGCUGCCUGCACCCACAAAGUCCGCCCAGAGGAAGCGCUUGGGCUGGGAACAUGGCGGCGUCCUCCAGCGGCCUGGGUGGCUUUUCCGGACUGGGGAUGGAUGCCGGGGACUUCCUGGCCAGGUACCGGCAGGUGCUGAACAAGCUGAAGAAGCGGUUCCUGCGGAAGCCGAACGUGGCGGAGGCCGGCGAGCAGUUCGCCCAGCUCGGCCGCGAGCUGCGCGCCCAGGAGUGCCUGCCCUACGCGGCCUGGUGCCAGCUGGCCGUGGCGCGCUGCCACCAGGCGCUGUUCCACGGGCCGGGGGAGGCCCUGGCGCUCACCGAGGCCGCCCGCCUCUUCCUGCAGCAGGAGCUCGAGGCGCGCCAGCGGCUCGCCUGCCCCGCCGCCUACGGGGAGCCCCUGCAGGCGGCCGCCAGCGCCCUGGGCGCCGCCGUGCGCCUGCACCUCGAGCUGGGCCAGCCGGUGGCCGCCGCCGCCCUCUGCCUGGAGCUGGCCGCCGCCCUGCGCGACCUGGGCCAGCCGGCCGCCGCCGCCGGCCACUUUCCAGCGCGCCGCCCAGCUGCAGCUGUCGCAGCUGCCCCUGGCCGCGCUGCAGGCGCUCGGGGACGCCGCCUCCUGCCUGCUGCUGGCGCGCGACUACAACGGCGCCCUGGCCAUCUUCACGCGCAUGCAGCGCCUGGCGCAGGGAGCACGGCAGCCAACCCCGGUGCCGCCGCUCCCGCCGCCGCCGCCCGCCGCAGGGACAGGGAACAGCCGCCGGGCGUCCAGCCUGGACCCGGCGCCCCCGGCCCCGGCCCGCCGCGCCGCUCCCUCCCAAACGCCGCCGGCUCCGCGGCCGCGCCCUCCCCCGCGGUGCUGGGCGCCUUCUCGGACGUCCUGGUCCGCUGCGAGGUGUCCCGGGUGCUGCUGCUGCUGCUCCUGCAGCCGCCGCCCGCCAAGCUGCUCCCGGAGCACGCCCAGACUCUGGAGAAGUACUCCUGGGAGGCUUUUGACAGCCAGGGCCAGGAGAGCGGCGGCCAGCUCCCCGAAGACCUCUUCCUGCUGCUCCAGUCCCUGGUCAUGGCCACCCACGAGAAGGACACGGAAGCCGUCAAGGCGCUGCAGGUGGAGAUGUGGCCGCUGCUGAGCGCCGAGCAGAACCACCUGCUUCACCUCGUGCUGCAAGAAACCAUCUCCCCCUCGGGACAGGGGAUCGGAUGACUCGCCUUAGCCUGGUGACUUUGCUGCCAGACCUCAGGCACCCGCCUCUGCAUUUGGAGGGAAAUAAAAGAUAUUGAUCACCGCCGUUCGACCUUUGUUAGCUUAUUCCUCUUGCCACCAUAGGAAUUUAGUUGACUGAAAGUUACCUGUACCCCAAAGACUUCUUUCCAUAAUAGUGGGGGGGGGAGCAGUGUGAUGGGAUCAGAGCAGAGCACAUGGCUCGCUUCCCCAAAAACUGCAACUUAAAAAUGAGACUCCUUUUACCCCGUUUCUCUUCCACCCAAGUCGCCUCACCCCAUACUCCCAUCUUUGUUUCAUUAUCAGGAUUUUAUUUUGCACUGCUGUCUAAAUACUUAAGCUAUGUGGGUUUUUUUUUAUCACGACUAAUUUCUUGGUGCAUUUUUAUAUCUAUCUACUAUCUAUGUGAUCACCCCAUUUCUCCUGUUUUAUCUACCCCAUACAUAUUCAUGGGAACCAUUUGGUUCCAUACAUCAUUGUUGCUACAGCUCUAAAUCUAUGAUAAAGCCAUUCCAAAAGUC